GUGGAUACUAGCCCUAGCCGUAACUAUUUCUGCCGAAAUGAGAAUGUUUUUCACAUCACAGCGAACAAUUUGCCAUUUUUCGAGGGUCUUCGCGGUCGCGCACUGUAGUUUCGUCGUGUUCCUUCUUGGUGGAAGAACAGGCUUCCCUCCCGGAGCCCCCGUCGAAGCAACGCCCUUGACGGAGCGACCGCGAUGCUUCACACGGGUUGUGGUGACACCGUCCAAAAACGCGAGCGCCCGCUCUGUGUGGAUCCCAAUCAUCAGCCAAGAAGGUGCAGUCCCACAACAAGAUGAUGCGCAACAAGGUUCCUGUCCAAAAGCAGCGGCAGCGUUUGCCUCCCAACUUUUGCAGGACUAUGGAGCCGGACACGUACGCCUCCACUCCGGUCUGAAUUUGACGCAGGAACUGGACAUCCUAUUCGAUGGCAUUAGUACACACAGUACGGACCAGCAAACUGGACAAGACCGUGCCACAUCCGCCACCUACUUUGACGUUCCACAUACGCACUUACGUGGCGACCCGGGCGGGCCACCAUUCGGAUCCGGUGAGGACGCGGGCGGAGCUGAAGCAAAAAGUGGGCCGGUCGCAGCUGGUGUCCCGUACGAGGCCCCAAGCGAACAGAUUCCCAUUUCUGUACCCUUGAAAACAAUCAUGACAGCACAACAUGAAGCGACGCAAAAUGGCGACCACGACGUCCCGCUUUAUUUGCCACGACUGAGAAUCGAAAGCUACUCGUCCCGCGAGAAGACCAAACUGCACGUCUUCACCUACGGAGACAUGUUGAACUCUUACCUGUGCGUCCUGUCCAGGCUGGUGCAACAACUCAACGGCGGGCGUCUCAAUGUCCUCGGCGGUAGCAAGCUCCGGCGUCAUAGCGACGAAGUCCUCGCCGCGCACGAACAGGGCGGCAACGCUGCGGGACUGGAUUUUAACAUUCGCGGUAGCAAGCUGGAGCAGGCCAGUCGCUUGUUUAGACAUCUCACGGGAAGCGAGUUUGAAAGAAAAAGCAAGAGUGCCCCUACUUCAAAUAAAGAAAGCAGAGAGAAAGAGUUUCUCGCCCCGGACGAUGUCAUUCUGCUGUCGGACGGGUUCGACGUUUUCGCGCAGAGGGAUCUGCAGGGUCUGAAAGAUACCUAUUUUGACCUGGAUUCUUCCGGCGGCGUCGUGUACUACGGCGGAGAAAAGAACUGCUGGCCAACACCACACCACAACAUCACCGAGGCAGACUUUGAGCGUCGCAACUGCCUGGUAGAACGCCGAUGCCCCUACGAUAACCAGCGCGGCCCGUGGCGACUGUAUUACCACUUUCCUGAGGAGGACACGCCGCCAGGUGAUGCAGCUGCAACGCGACCAAGUGCUGAAGACCGGCUCACAAAGUCCUCAAAAGAAGAGGAACAUCAACAUGUCCAAGAUCAGCAUAACCCUUACACGCACAAAAGCGGCGGCAGACUGAGUGUGCUAGGAAAGGACUUGUGCGUCCAAAACUUGAACAAGUACAGCCCGCCGGGCACGGAAACGACGAACCGUUUUCCCUUUCUCAACGCGGGGCUGUCAAUCGGCACGGUGCACGCCAUUCAGAAACUAUCGCGCCGCCUGUUUCAGCUCUACAAGGAGACCAAGCAGCUCGACGACCAAGCGCUGCUUCUCGUCCUCGCGCUUGAGGAACAUUUUGUCCGCGUUGAGCCGACCGGAAAACUCUUCUACAACGCGCACGGGUAUGGUUCCGGCGACUUUGCCGAUCCGGACCAGGAACUGUGCACGGGCGGCUACCUCCUGAAAGACGAAGGCGGUCCGGCGGCGAGCGUUGAAGACAGCAAGACGAAGAUGAACAGUGGCGCGCAGCACUCACCGGCGCUGUUGUUCGGUGGGGCGAAGCGAGCGGGACGCGAAUCAGUGCCAGAAAAAGGAGCGUCAGAGUUGCAGGUGACCAACUUGGCCAGCAAGCCCCAGGCUUCCUUCCUCGUGCAUUUCAACGGACGUGGUCGUUGGUACAUGCAGCGGUGUCGAGAGUUUUUCUUUUCCUUUGGGCUCGGAACCUGGAAGGGCGAAGCAGUUUCGCGAAUACCGCACGAGGAUCAUAUGGGUGCGUCAUCUAGUACUGCGGGCGAGGACCACGACCAGGCGGGUAGCGCCGCUCCUGUGGCGCAACCCGCGACACAAACUACAAGUAGAGAUCAAUCCCCACCACAUCCACAACUAGAGACUGACCACUCGUAUUGCAGACUUUUCGACUACGAAAAUUACGAGUAUUUCGACGAUCGAGUGCUCUGGGGCGAGGAGACCGUGUUUGCGAUCAACUUUCAAGCAGAAAAGGCCGAAAGUGAGCAUCAGUACUCGCUGUAAAUAACAGCAAACUUAUCGUAUUCAGGACGACGAGGGCUGCACAUUGCUACGCAUACGCAGCUAGAGAAAAGAUUUUGAUUUUCAU